CCUGUAACAGAAUGAACAUAGAAGACUUGUUAUCCCUCAAGACCCCUACUCCCUCGUUUAGACCCCCUCCGCCAAGUCGCCAUACAACAAGCUCUACUGAUAGUUCUACAAGUUCAGAGAACGGGGAAACGAGUACGCUGUGUUUUGGGAGUUCUCCCAGGAAGAAGCUUUGUUUAACUUCUAAUGCUGGCCGUGAGCCAAAUCCUUCAUUUCUCUGCUCAUCCAGCAUUGCUAAGAUGUUUGCAUGUAGCUCCUGCGGAGUGAUGUUCCAGUCUCGGAGCGAACUUUACUCCCACUUCCGAGAUAUCCACAAACACAAGUUGUUCUCCUGCUCCUACUGCAGCAAACUCUUCACUCGCAGCAGCUCUUUAAAGACACAUACUCGGGUACACACAGGUGAGCGACCCUAUCAAUGCACGGAGUGUGGCAAAACUUUUACCCAGUUGAGCAAUGUUUUACAACACAACAGAGAUGUGCACAUAAAAGAUAAGAGGUUUAAAUGCAAGCUGUGUGAGAAAGGUUUCAGCAGACUCGAAACAUUGCAGUGUCACAUUCGAGUACAUACAGGAGAACGCAUUUACAAGUGUGAAGUUUGUCAGAAGUCUUUCUCUCAGCGAGCUAACCUGAAAGUCCACACUCGCAUUCACCGCGGUGAGCGCACUAGACCUAAACGAGCGAGGACCACCCCAUCCAUUCCACAAACUCAUCCUCCUAAAGUUAUAAACCCUGUUAUUGUAGUUCCGUCUACCCAUCACAGAACUGUGCUCCCUACUCAACUAUGUUUUAAUGGCGCUUUUAUUGUGGCAGGACGGACAUUCAAUAACAAUUUAGCUUUUACUCGUGAGUCAGACUCCGGAUUGGACUUUUUAUUGCCAACUGUCGCAUUGAAGUUAUUGUUUGAUGUGAUAGUGUCUUUACAUUUUGCUUAAUUUUAUAAAUUAUUAAUGUUUGUUUGAAAGUGAAUGGCGGAUGCCUGUUUUCAGUUUAUUCAUUUUCAAUUGAUAUCAAUA